AUGGGUUGUAACAAUAGUGCGAACGUAGAACAACUUUUACUGGACAUAGUGCUCGAUCCCGAAAUCGACCAAGUGUUGAGUUAUGGAUGUAACAACACAGAACGCAAUGGCACGGAUUUGGAUAAGUUUUCCUUGGACUAUUCGGCCGACGAGAUUGUUCAGUUAUUUCGCCAGGGUAUGUACACUCACCGUUCCCCUUCUACUAUUGCGCUCAUCCUGCUCUAUUCAGUCGCAUUUACCCUGGGCUCCAUCGGCAACACGCUCGUCAUUGUGGCGUGGAUUCGCAACAAGCAUAUAAGAACGAUCAUUAAUUGCUUUCUUGUUAACCUAGCUGUGUGCGACCUUAUUGUGGUGUUGGUGUGCAUGCCGAUAACACUGGGCAAUGUUAUAUAUCAGGAAUGGAUUUACGGGGAAGUAUUGUGCAAGCUUACUCCAUGUGUGCAGGGGAUGUCAGUUUCCUCCAGCGUCUUCAUCCUGACUGCAGUGAGUUUAAAUAGAUUUUAUGCAAUCCAUAGUCCAUUGAAGGCCAAGGUGUUGUACACUCGACGUCGGGUACGAAUCUUGAUAAUAAUAAUAUGGAUUAUAUCACUAAUACUGAUGAUUCCUAUACUCAUCGUUAAUCGCUUAGUCACACAGGAAUUCUUCGGUGUAGUGAAGGUGACUUCGUGCCAAGAAGAAUGGGGAUCGAUGUAUCUGAAACACGCCUAUAACAUGUCUCUGUUUUUGAUCCAGUUUGCAUUGCCCAUGUUAUUCAUGUUCGUCGCAUAUGCCAUGAUUUUCAAAGCGUUGACAAAUAAUAGCGUCGAAUUAGGUAAAAGCGCAAACCCUGAUAAACAGCUGGAAGCGCGGAAUAAAAGUCGAAGUAAAGUUAUUAAGCUCCUGAUAAUAGUAGUCUUACUAUUUGCAAUCUCGUGGUUUCCGUAUCACGUCGCUACGAUCUGGACGGACUACCACCCGGUAGAUGAAGCCAUGAAACUGUUCCCCUUCGUACAGUGGCUUGGAUUAUGCAGCUCAUCGCUCAACCCGAUAUGUUAUUGUUUUUUGAGUCACACGUAUCGAAAAUCAUUCAAAGCAUCCCUUCACUGCCGAUGCAAAACGCAAAGAAAUGUUUCGAAUGGAGGAAAACGGUCGAAGCGAAAACGUCUGAAAAAACGUGGAACUGUGAGUCUUGUCUUCUCGAAUGAACCGGACAAAACACAGACUAACAUAUUCGCUGAAAGAAAUGUAGAGAAUUAUAGAAAAGGUGAAAAGAAGCCCAAGACAAAAGACUCUUUCGUCAUGGAAAUACGACUAUAA